GGAAAAACUACAGGGCAUCAGUCCAAGCCCACGUUCUGCACAUGAAAACUUCUUCCCCGCCUUUUCCCUUCCCCUAAAAUUCUUCCCCGCCUUUUCACCAAGCAAUUCUUUUCGUCGCCACAAAAAACCGCAGUUAUCCUAAUCUGUGUUCAAUCGAGGUAAUCAUAAUAUAUUGAAGCUCAAAGGUUGAACUGUGUCAACAAUCAAGUGUGUUUUUUAGCAAUCCACCGUAAAAAUGUCUGACAAAAAGAAAAGGGGAGCUGCCAAAUGCAAGAAGAUGUUUCUUGAUCCAAAUAACCAAACAAUUGAAUUCAAUGAGGCGGGUUUAGCAAUUGGAGCAAAUGCAUCGAAGUUUAUCUCAUUCGCUUGUUUAGAAUUUAGGACAAGGAUUCCUUAUUAUAAACUAGUUAAAGACAUAGACGAACAGAAGUACGUUGAUGUAUGGGAGUACAUUAAGGAAACAUGGAAGAUACCUAACGAUAACGCAAAAGAGACAGUUAUUCAACAAGGAAAGGACUCAAUGAGAAACUUCCGAUGUACACUUACAAAUGGUUACGCUCGCAAAGAUAAAUCUCCUUUUGAAAUGUAUGCUUUUAUGGACAGAAGUCAUUGGGAUGAUUUUGUUUUAAAAGUAAAAUCCAAAGCUUUUAAGGACACAAGUCAAAAAGCAAAGAAGAGUGUAGCAAAGAAUACUGAUCGUCCCCAUGUAGGUCGAAUGGGAUUUGUUGGUUUACAGAAGUUUGAGGAAGAUAGAUGGAAUCAACUUUUAGAAAGCUACCCACACCUACAUCACUUGGAAGGUGAAGAUAUUAAACAAUAUGCUAUUAGCAGAGCGUGCUACAAUUCUGUCACAAAGUUAUAUGAACUUCCAGCACACCUAUUUUCAAGUGGUGAAUUGACUGGAACACUUCAUGACAUGUAUGAUAAAGAGAUGGAGAAGAAGAAAGAUGGUACAUAUGAUAAACAUGGAAAUGAUGUGGUUACUGAAGUGAUCGGUAAGGGACAUCAGCACGGAGGGCGUCUUGGUGCUACAAUUACCUUGCAUUCCAAAAAGAAAAAAAAGAAGUCUAAGGGGGCACAAAUAGUAAGAGAAAAGAUUCACGCUAUACAAAAAGAUCAGUAUCAUGUUACUUCGGCGGCUCAAGCAAGCUCUAUUAUUCAACUACCAGAAAUCAAGUCAAUCAGUACUUGUGAUCUUCUAUGGCCAUUCGAUGACUCCUUCCCGAAUAUGAUCUUAGGACAUGGACAGGUUUAUCCUACAUCUGAUAGGAUUUUAGAUAAAAGGCCGAUACACGACGACUAUGUGAAAGUCCGUGUAGAUGAUGUAAACCAGGACUUUAAAGGUUAUCCUGUCCCGCCACACACAAUGAUUGAAGAUGACGUAAUUGAUAUGGGAAGUACACAUAGAAAAUUUAUUCAGUGGCCUAGAAAAGCAAUUAAGCUUUUAAAUACUGUUUCUCCGCGACAAUCCAUUGCCAAACAUCAGCAAUUGGCCCAACAAUCUGAGUAUUAUAUGCCAGCAUUGGUUGAUGAUGGACUAAUGGCAUUUCAAGAUGAACUAAACUCUGGCACAAGAUUUAUGGAUUUGUUGACUAACUCGAUUACGAUACAACCGACUGAUACCGAUGAUAUUUUGGAUCCCAAAGCUUCCAAGAUUGUUUCUGAUCUUAAGGCUCUUGAGACUUUACCUGGUCCUAAAGCUACAAAGCAUGUUUCUGAUCCUAAAUAUUCUAAGGUUUUUUCUGAUCCAAAAGCUUCUGAGGCCAAGGUUGUUCCUAAAGCUUUUAAGGUUGUGUCUGAUCCUAAAGCAACUGGCGGUGUUCCUGAUCCAAAGGUGAUUAGAAUAGCUGCAAUUUUGAAAAAGGCAAAGUCAAGGCCUAAAAAAAUAUAUGGUUUUGCGGAACAGUUGGCGGCUUUAUCUACCGAAACGAUCUCAAUAAAGUUCACUUCACAUAGUGGUAUGUACAAGGAUGAUUUUAUUGAGAUUGUUGAAGUAGAGGAGAUGAUGACAUUAUGUGUCAACGGUUUAUUGGAACUUGGUGUUUUACAUUGGUAUUCCAUGUACUUAUAUUCACAUGGAGGUUCUAAAGGUCUUAAUAAAACUGCAUAUUUCAAUCCCCGUAUAAUGGAAUUUGAUAUUUGUGAUUUGUAUGAAGAAUUUGUCAUCGAUCAUAUUAAAGAAGUCAUGGAUCAUCACAAUGAAAGACAAUUUUUUAUGGCACCACAUCUAGCCGGGGGUCACUGGUCAUUAAGUGUGAUUUUUCACAAUCCCAAAAAUCAUAAAUUCUACGGAUACAUCAUCGACUCAAAGAAAAAAGGAAAGACUCCCAAGAGUUACAUCAUUACUGAAUUAUUUGAAAAAGCUACGGGAGAGAGCAUUAUAUGGCAAAUGGUUAAUUGCCCUCAACAAAAGGGCGACUGGGAAUGCGGAUAUUAUGUCAUGAAGGCCAUGCAUGAUAUUGUGAUUAGUUGCCAAGAAAAAAUUAUUCUCCAUUCGGAAGAGCCCCUCACUAAACAACAAAUUGACCGGUUUGUAGAAGAUACAUUAAAGAACUUUAUGAUAACCAUGGAAAGGGAACAAGGCUUGGAAAUGUUCGAGUCCGAGUGAUCAUGUUUUUGUUCUUACAGGUAGGUUGCUGGUUUUGUAGAUGAGGAUGUUCUUGGACUACAAAGUUUGAUGUUGCAUGAUUAAGUACAAAAUAGAACAUGAACUAUGACUUUUGUUUUGUUUUGUUUUGUAGAAACAAUAAAGUUGACAUAUUUAUAUUUGUAAUCCAAACGUUUUCAAUCAAAUAUGGAGGUUAUGGUUGCUACUCA